AUGGAACACUUGAAUAGGCUUUUACACAAAAUGCAGCUGUACCCUGAUUUCAAACAUCACCAUAGAUGUAAAGAUUUGCAGCUUACUAAUAUUGCCUUUGCUGAUGAUGUUUUAAUGUUCUUCAGGGGUGAUACCAGGUCUGUUGGAAUGAUGUUGAAAGUCCUGCUGGAGUUUUCUUCAUCAAUUGGUCUGGUGGUAAAUCCCAAGAAGUGCAGGGUUUACUUUGGUGGAGUAGAUGCUGAUACCAGACUCAGGAUUAGGGAUAUGACUACUUUUCAAGAGGGUGAAUUGCCUUUCAAAUAUUUGGGGUUCCCAAUGACUAGUAGGAGAUUGGAGAUCCAUCACUAUAUGCCUCUGAUUGGGGGUGCUACAAUAAAGAGGAAAAGCCCUGUGGCUUGGCAUAAUGUAUGCAAACCUCGUAAAUUUGGAGGUUUGAAUGUGCUGGAUUUGCAGACCUGGAAUGUGAUUACCAUGAUGAAAUUGCUAUGGAAUAUAAGUAGUAAGAAAGACAAUCUUUGGGUGAGGUGGAUUAAUAGCUAUUAUAUGAAAGGACAAGACAUUAUGCAGAUGGUGGAAAAAGAGCAACACUCAUGGAUCUUUAAAGUUAUAUUGCGCCAAUGA